UGACCACGCCCCUCAAAGUGGGUUUUCAUUUUACAGCAGUAAAGUUUGUCGGAGUCUGCGCAGGUGGUCUCCGUUCGUGUUUAUAUUCAGUGUUCUACCAGUCUGGAGGAUUAUUCUGUAAUGGUGGCGUAAACAGGAGUUAUGGUGGUGAAUUCUGUGCACUGGUUCCGCAAAGGUCUGCGUUUGCACGAUAAUCCGGCGUUACAGGAGGCCCUGAAUGGAGCGGACACGGUGCGCUGUGUUUAUAUCCUGGACCCCUGGUUCGCUGGUGCGGCUAACGUGGGAAUUAACCGAUGGAGGUUUCUGCUGGAGGCUCUGGAGGAUCUGGACUGCAGUCUGAAGAAGCUCAACUCCAGGCUGUUUGUGGUCAGAGGACAGCCUACGGAAGUCUUUCCCAGACUUUUCAAGGAGUGGAACGUGACCCGGCUGACAUUCGAGUAUGACCCAGAGCCUUAUGGGAAGGAGCGGGACGGCGCCAUCAUCAAGAUGGCCCAGGAGUUCGGCGUGGAGACGGUCGUCAGAAACUCGCACACGCUCUACAACCUGGACAGGAUAAUCGAGAUGAACAACAACAGCCCCCCUCUGACCUUUAAGCGCUUUCAAACCAUCGUCAGCAGACUGGAGUUGCCACGGAGACCGCUGCCCGCCAUCACCCAACAGCAGAUGGAAAGUUGUCAGAGGAAAAUAGGAGACAACCACGACCAGCUCUACAGCAUCCCGUCACUGGAGGAGCUGGGUUUCAGGACGGAGCGUCUGCCUCCUGCUGUGUGGCGGGGGGGAGAGUCGGAGGCGUUGGACAGACUGAGCAAACACCUGGAUAAGAAGGUCUGGGUGGCCAGUGUGGAGCACACUCGGGUCAACAAGUGCUCUCUGUACGCCAGUCCGACGGGCCUCAGCCCCUACCUGCGCUUCGGCUGCCUGUCCUGCAGGGUUCUGUACUACAACCUCAGAGAGCUGUACAUGAAGCUGAGGAAGCGCUGCAGUCCUCCUCUGUCCCUGUUUGGGCAGCUCCUCUGGAGGGAGUUCUUCUACACGGCUGCCACCAACAACCCCAACUUUGACCGCAUGGAGGGAAACCCCAUCUGCGUCCAGAUCCCGUGGGACCAGAACCCCGAGGCUCUGGCCAAAUGGGCAGAAGGACGGACCGGUUUCCCCUGGAUCGACGCCAUCAUGACGCAGCUCCGGCAGGAGGGCUGGAUCCACCAUCUGGCGCGGCACGCCGUGGCCUGUUUCCUCACCAGAGGAGACCUGUGGAUCAGCUGGGUGAGCGGCAUGAAGGUGUUCGAGGAGCUGCUGCUGGACGCAGACUGGAGCGUGAACGCCGGCAGCUGGAUGUGGCUGUCCUGCAGUGCCUUCUUCCAGCAGUUCUUCCACUGCUACUGCCCCGUGGGCUUCGGGAGGAGGACCGACCCGUCAGGAGACUACAUCAGGCGUUACAUUCCCAUCCUGAAGGACUUCCCCAACCGCUACAUCUACGAGCCGUGGAACGCCCCCGAGUCGGUGCAGAAGGCCGCCAACUGCGUGGUGGGGGUGGAUUACCCCAAACCGAUGGUCAACCACGCCGAGAGCAGCCGGCUCAACAUCGAGCGCAUGAAGCAGGUCUACCAGCAGCUGUCCCACUACAGAGGACUCAGUCUGCUGGCGUCUGUGCCGACCAUCCAGGAGGAGGCGGAGCCUCCGAUGACGGACGAGUCUCAGACCAGCAGCGGUCCAGACUCUCCUCACAGAGAUCCGGCAGACGACGAAGCCGCCGGCAGCUCCACCGUUCCCGACUCCUCCACCUCAGCUCCUCCCCAGGACAAGGAGGACCCCGCCCACUGCUGCCACUCCCACCAAGUCUCCGCCCACAGUCCCUGCACCUCCACGGGUUCUCCCGCGCCGCUAAGCUGUCACAGCCCCCACGACCGAUCCAAACCCAGCUCGCCCUCCUCCUCCUGUCACACCAUGUCUCCUUCUCCCAGCCCGUCCACUCAGACCUCCCCCAGGAGGAGCAGCAGCUCGCGGAAGGAGCGGCGCAGCCAGAGGCAGAAAGCCCGACACGCCUGCUCCUCAUCGGCCAGAGAAAACAAGAGGGAGGUGGAAGAGGAGAGGAUGGAGGAGGAGGUGGAGGACAGCGAGGAGAGGAUGGAGGAGGAGGCAGCAGAGCAGCUGCAGUGAAAGCAGGUGGAGAUGAGCUUCAUCACCCUGGAGUUGCCAUCUCCACAGCAUGGACAACAAGAGAGGCAGAACAGCUGUUGAUGAAUCAUCUGAAGAGAUUCCUGUUCUGCUGAUCUUCAUGCUCAGGUGAUCUCCUCAUCUCUGGUGGAACUGGAAGUCGUCGUCUUUGAUCCCUCUUGUCUCAUAUUUGCGGGUGGAUCAGGUUUCUGUUUCUGAACUUUAUCGGGUUCAGAUUCCAGAUAAGUUUCAGACGUUUGCAGUCAGAACAACGGCGAGUCCAAAGCUGCUGCCAGAGUUUCCCUGAGUCGUAUUCCAGAAGAAAACAUCGUCUUUCUCAAGACGAUCGAGCACAAGUCGAGCACCUUCACCCGUUUCCUUUAAUACAACAUUCAACGCUGCUUUGAAUGAAACAGCAAAACUGUAAGGAAGGGUCGUCACCUCCUUCAUUUUUUUAUUUAAAUAUUUAAAUUCAGCUCUGAUCACUUCAAAAAUCCUAUUUUCAGAAUUUUGAUUUAUUAAAAGCCAGUUUAAAGCAAAAUACUGCAUGAAUACAUUGAAAAAUAUUUUAGUAAAUUCCACUUCUCUUUUUCUGCUGCUGUGAGCCUGAAACAGUUAAACAAAUAUAAAAGACGAAUUGAAUUUAGAUUUUAUUUCAAUUACAUUUAAAGUGGCAGAAAACUCGGAUCGACCUCUGAUUAGAUAAGACAAACCAGAAGCAGAACCAGAGAGGAAGGCUGGUGGGGGUCAGAAAAACAAAUAAUACAAAAAAAAGUAAAAAAAUAUACAAAAACAACACGUUCAGAUGUCUGCAGGGAGAGGUGUAGAGAAGAAUGUUUGUAAAAGAGUUUUAAAGUCCCACUUUCAUCAUCUUCAAAGUUAUUUCAAAGUGUUUUAAUUAUGAUUACGCUCCUUUUAGGCAAAAAAAAAGUCAUUUUUUUAAGUUAUGGUUCCUGCAGAGCAGCAGGAGUUCAUUAGAAAUUUGCCUCUGGGACAGUUGGUGCGGAGCAACCCCGCUCCCACUUCCUUCUCUGUUGCUGAAAGCAGGGAGCUUGUGGCCCACCCAAUGUAUGUUCUGUGUCACAAAUACAAAUUUUUAAACUGGCAUUUUUUUCAUCUAUUCCCUAUUAUGCCAAUUUGCACAAAAAAAUCCUCGAAAAAAUGCCAUUUUGAGCUUAAUUCUCUUCAUAAACGUCCUCCAUCAUGAGAAAAAUGCUACAAGAACAUUUGAAAGCACCGUUUUCAUUGGAGAGAACCUUUAAAAAAAAAAAAAAAAGAAAUUCCAAAUGUCCAUCCUGUUGCUUUGGGAGUCCAUCCAUCUUCUCUCCAUCUGAGAGCUGCUGCGUUUAAAGUCCGUGGAGUUUCCCUCUUUCUCGGAGGGAGACGUGUAUUCCUCCAUCACAACAAGAAUAACAGACGAGCACUUUUCAGGCUGACAGCACUCCAGAAAUGCUGAUUCAUUAAAAUAAUCUUUACGGUUCGGAACAGAAGCCUGCCGGGACGGACAUUUUUAUAAAACCAAAACACAGGCAAGAGUUACAGAGCUGCUGUUCUGACCCGACCCGUAGGGCCCAAACUGACUUAUGCUUCUGUCUUCAGUUUUGUUCUCUGCAGAUGCAUCCAGAUUGUUCAUAUGUAAAAGUCCUGAAAGUCCUGAUUAUUUUUGCUAGCCGCAGUGAUGUUUUUAUAGUCCAUAAAUCUGUGUCUGCUCGCUCUUUUGUCAUUUAGCUCAUUAACACAAACACUAUGUUAACAAUUUACUCGUAGAUCCUUGCUGCAGCUGAAAUUGUGAUUUAUUUUUCUUCUAUUUAUCAGUUUGUAGAUACAAUUUGUAAAUCUGUAUUAUUUUGGCUUUUAAGAUGGAAUGUUUUUUUUUCUUUUUAAAUUGUUGUUCCAAAAGUGUCCACAAGGGGGCCCUAGAUUCAGCAGGAGGUCAGAGUGCAGAAAUAAAUUUCUUUCUCUUUCACAAAUAUUCAAAGAAAAUUAUAUCUUAUGUUUUGAAAAGGUUAAAACAAUUCACAUUUAAGCAGAAAUAUCACUUUUUAGCAAAAACUUGUUCAAUUUUAUUCUAUUUUGGUUGUUUUUAAUAUUUUGGUUUCAAAAGGGAAUAAAAAAGUUUUACCUUUCAAAAAUCCAAAGACAGAAAAACACAUUUUUACUCUAUUAACGCUGGUAGAAACGACAAAAAUAGUUUAAGAAAUAUAUAUAAAUAUGUUUGCCAUAAUUGAGUUAGUCUAGUUUGAAUCACAAAUCAAACAUUUUAAAACAGCAUUGGUGACUUCAGAGCAAAAAAACCAAAUCUGACUAAAUCCCUAAAACAAAUUGAUUUAUGUGUACAUUUUCUUUCCUUAUUCUCUUUAUUUUAGACCACUUACACAAAGAAAAGCAUUUUUUUGUUUGUUCAAAAAGUCUAAACAUAAAAAAUAAAAAUAAAUGAACUUAAAUACAGCAAAUUGCAAGAUGAGUCCUCCCAAUUUUGGAUUUUAAUUUCCUUGAUGUUUUUUUUUUUCUUCUUUUGUUGAGUAAAAAAGUGAAACUUUUCUCCUCCAGUUUGACUCUUGAGUUCUGCAGAUGACCGUCAUCUCUUAGGUUUGGAAAAUAACAAAGUCUCUAGUAUUUUGCAAAACAGACUCUAGCAGCUGAGCUCACAAAUCCCACUGCUCCCGAAUGCAACACAAGCCCCGUUCUCCUGCAGUGAUAUUUAUUUGUUUUGUAAAAAUAUAUUUUCAAUAAAAUGCCCGAAUGAAUUAA